UCUCUCUCAUAUUGUGUUGCUGUCUCCUCAAAUAUUCAUUUUCUCUCUCAUUCACGAGCAGCCCUUCGUCUAAAGUCUAAACAGCUCACUGCAAAAAUUUUUUUGAAAAAAAGGUGAUAUUUUUUCUUUAUUUCUGCACAAGUUUGAAGAUGGAGAGAGAUUUCAUGGGCUUGUUUGUGAAGCAGGAGCUUCCUGAUGAAAUAAAUGAAGCUGCUCCUGUGAGAAGCUUACCAAUGCAGUGGUCAUUCUCAAACAAGGGCUCUGCUCAUCCUCAGCUCUUGUCUUUUCAAGGUGCUCAAGAAGACAAGCAACCUAAGACUGGUUUCCACUCACUUGCAUCAUCUGGUCUGGUUAACUUAAACACCGAUGUUUUCAACUCUAAUCCCAGCCAGUUUCCUGGCUCACAGAAAAGCAGUGCUGCCGAGAAGCAAGGCGGGGUCCAUUAUACGAUGACAACAUACUCGAAUCAGCACGGAGAUGCACACAACAUCCGCCGUGCACUCACCACCCCUUCACCUGCUGUGGCUCACCCGCCCUACGCUGCUCCCAUGGCCGGAGGCCCAAUGGCCAAGCCCUCUAACACCGCAGUCGUUGGCACAACUGAUUUUAGGAGUUCUCCCAAGAUCUCCAACGCACCUGCUCAGCUAACAAUCUUCUACAACGGCUCAGUCUGUGCCUACGACAACAUUUCUCCCGAGAAGGCUCAAGCUAUUAUGCUAUUAGCUGGAAAUGCACCUUUGGUGACUCCUAAGGCGAUGCCUCCUGCAGCUCCGGUUCAGGUGGCCGUGCCUAGACCUUCAGCUCCCGAAAGGCUAACCAUAAGCCAGCCUUACGCAGCAACACCACACCGUUCUAGCCCUGUCCCAAUGACCCCUAUUAGCAUCUCCCCGUCUGCUGGCCAGGCUGGUAUUAGGACUGAGACGACCGCUGCUAAGCCAUCUGGAGCUCGUAUGUCGCCUCCUAUCAAUGCUGAGCCUCUGAAAUCGGUUACUCCUCUAGGAUCUGCAAGCUUUCUAUCACCAGACACUGUACCUCAGUUUCGCAGAAAAUCUCUAGCCCGAUUCCUGGAGAAGCGCAAGGAGAGCAGGGUGAUCAGUGCUUCACCUUAUGGUGAAUGUCAGUCUGGGGAUUACGGUGCUGCCGGAACAAGCACGAAGAGCUUGUCUGUGAAGUCUCCGGGGACUUGUCCGGUUCCAGCAACAAACUGAGAGGCUGGUUUUAUUAGCAGAAGCCCCAAAUAAGUUAUAGAGAUAAUUAAGAUGCAAGAUAAAAACAUUUCAAGUUUCAGUUUGUGGUAUACCUUAUGAAUUUGAAUGUCCUCUUUUUUCUUCUGUUAAACAUUGUUGUAGACUUGUAGUCCAUUUUUGUGCUGAAUUUGUUGCAAGAAUGUAGUAGUCACACUAUAUAAAGAUUAAAUUUUGCAUCAAGAAAGCAGUAUUAUUAUUAUUUUACA